CGUAAACGCUUUAAAAGCCGCCCAGCCCCUUCCUCACAUCACUGCUGCGGAUCACCGUCAGAGCGGAUACAUUCCUUAAUACCCCUACACAUAAUAUACAGAAGAAGAUGGCCUCUACCAAGGAGAAACUGAUCGUUCAUGUGAGUAAGGAGCAGCCUGCUGGCCCCACCAAUAAGGUGACAGUGGUUGGGGUGGGAAUGGUUGGAAUGGCCGCCGCCGUCAGCAUCCUGCUCAAGGAUCUGACGGAUGAACUGGCACUGGUGGACGUGAUGGAAGAUAAGCUUAAAGGAGAGGUUAUGGACCUGCAGCAUGGAAGUCUCUUUCUCAAGACUCACAAGAUAGUGGCUGAUAAAGACUACAGCGUGACGGCCAACUCCAAAGUCGUGGUGGUGACCGCUGGAGCUCGGCAGCAGGAGGGCGAGAGCCGUCUGAACCUCGUCCAGAGGAACGUCAACAUCUUCAAGUUCAUCAUCCCCAACAUCAUCAAGUACAGCCCCAACUGCAUCCUUCUGGUGGUCUCGAACCCCGUUGAUAUCUUGACCUACGUGGCCUGGAAGCUGAGCGGUUUGCCCAGGAACCGCGUCAUUGGCAGCGGCACAAACUUGGACUCGGCCAGGUUCCGUUACUUGAUGGGGGAGAAGCUGGGAAUUCAUCCGUCCAGCUGCCAUGGCUGGGUGAUCGGAGAACAUGGAGACUCGAGUGUUCCUGUAUGGAGCGGUGUGAACGUGGCCGGUGUAUCUCUCCAGGGUCUUAGCCCUGACAUUGGAACAGAGAAAGACAAGGAGGACUGGAAGGACGUCCACAAGCAGGUGGUUGACAGUGCUUACGAGGUUAUUAAACUGAAGGGAUACACAUCCUGGGCUAUUGGUAUGUCUGUAGCUGACCUGUGUGAAAGCAUGUUGAAGAACUUGAAGAAGGUUCAUCCAGUUUCUACGCUGGUCAAGGGAAUGCACGGUGUAAAUGAUGAGGUCUUCCUCAGCGUGCCUUGCAUCCUGGGUAACACUGGCCUGACAGAUGUCGUCCACAUGGCCCUGAAGCCGGAUGAGGAGAAACAGCUGGUGAAGAGCGCCGAGACCCUGUGGGGCGUUCAGAAGGAGCUGACCCUGUGAAGCACAGUCUCUUCCAAAAUGUAGCCAGUGUUAGAUUUCCUGACCUCCUGAACCGUACUGCGUACAAUUUCCAACAUAAAUCUCCAAACCAAUGUCAGGCAUUUAGAUUGUAACAUUUUGCCAUGGUAAAGAGGUAAUUUAUUCUUGUAGUCAAUACAAAGAUUCUAUUAGAGCUUUAUAAGAGUCUAUGUGCAUACUGUUGUAUAUUCGAAGAAAAAGAAGCAAUUGAGCAAGAUGAUGUGCAAUUACAGGCUCCUAUUUUGUAUUUUAUUUGCUGUUCUGAGCUCGACUAGCAUUCCGUACCCCUUACGUCCUGCAUCAGUUUUCUUCCAAGACCAAGUAAAACCAAAGCCUUGCAAAAGAUCAGUUUCAUUGAGAGUUUACAUGUACAGCAAAGUGCUGAGGACUAUGAAAACCAGCGUAUUUUAAAAGUUGGUCAACGGAAUACAUUUAUGCAACAUUUUGAAUUAUGGGGUUUUAAAUUUGUGCAUGUCUUUCAAUGUAAACGGGCAAGAAAAAAUAAAUCAUGAAACAAAAUUAUCAUUGUGAACACUCAUGAAGCACGAAAAAGAGUAACCACAAUCUGUCAGUGGAUGAAUCGGAAGAAGUAAAACUAAGCAGACGUAACAUUAGUCAACAAAAACUAAGCAGAACAGAAGCAUUUUUUUGGUUUAAAUGGUUCGACAAUCUCAAUUACCUGUAGUUUGUGUACACUUAUGUAUCAGCUGGAAAUAAUUUACUGUUGUCAGUGUUGUAUUUUGAUUUCUGUCGAUCUUGAAACAAGAAAAAACCUCAGCUGAGUGGUAAUAUACAGCAACAGUUAUAGCUGUUACUUGAAGUGUGUGAUUGUAAAAUUGAGACGCAGCCCAAAACUGAAUAAACAACAAACUAUAAAACCA